UUCACGUGCAGGACGAGCAUUGAUAACGGUCUGGUAACAACGACAAACAGCCAAAGGCAGCAGGUAGAGCAGAAACCCAUCGACCAGGCUCGCCUCCUGGGCGCCCCCGUGUCCUCCGCUGCCCAUCGUCAGUGCAGGGCCUGCUGGGAAAUGCUCCGGGCACUGACCGCGGCCAGUGCGGCCCUGGGGCACAAGGCGGCGGGCUGGGUGAGGACCAUGGCCUCCCACCCACUGCUGGUGGCCCCCCCAGAAGCCCUGAGUAAGCCCCUGUCCCUCCCCAGCCGGCUUCUGCUGGGGCCCGGCCCCUCUAACCUGACCCCCCGCGUCAUGGCGGCUGGGGGGCGGCAGACAAUAGGACACAUGCACGAGGAGAUGUUCCAGAUCAUGGACGAGAUCAAGCAAGGCAUCCAGUACGUGUUCCAGACCCGGAACCCCCUCACGCUGGCCAUCAGCGGCUCGGGGCACUGCGCACUGGAGGCCGCCCUGUUCAACCUCCUGGAGCCGGGGGACUCCUUCCUGGUCGGGGUCAACGGCAUCUGGGGGCAGCGGGCCCAGGACAUCGGGGAGCGCAUCGGAGCCCGCGUACACCCGAUGAUCAAGGACCCUGGAGGCCACUUCACGCUGCAGGAGGUGGAGGAGGCCCUGGCCCAGCACAAGCCCGUGCUGCUGUUCCUGACUCAGGGGGAGUCAUCCAGCGGCGUGCUGCAGCCCCUCGAUGGCUACGGGGAGCUCUGCCACAGGUACCAGUGCCUGCUCCUGGUGGACUCGGUGGCCUCCCUGGGCGGGGUCCCCAUCUACAUGGACCAGCAGGGCAUCGACGUCUUAUACUCGGGCUCCCAGAAGGUCCUGAACGCCCCUGCAGGCACCUCGCUCAUCUCCUUCAGCGACAAGGCCAAAAAUAAGAUCUACACUCGGAGGACCAAGCCCUUCUCCUUCUACCUGGACAUCAAGUGGCUGGCCAACUUCUGGGGCUGUGAGGACAAGCCCAGGAUAUACCAUCACACCACCCCCGUCAUCAGCUUGUACAGCCUGAGGGAGAGCCUGGCCCAUCUAGCAGAGCAGGGCCUGGAGAACAGCUGGCAGCAGCACCGCGAGGCCUCAGAGUACCUGCACGGGCGCCUGCAGGGGCUGGGCCUGCAGCUCUUCGUGAAGGAUCCGGCCAUCCGACUGCCCACCGUCACCACCGUGGCCGCACCUGCGGGCUACGACUGGAGAGACCUUGUCAACUACGUCAUGGACCACUUCAACAUCGAGAUCACGGGCGGCCUUGGGCCCUCGGUGGGGAAGGUGCUGCGGAUCGGCCUGCUGGGCUGUAACGCCUCCCGGGAGAACGUGGACCGAGUGAUCGGGGCCCUGCAGGAGGCCCUGCAGCGCUGCCCCCGGAACAAGCUGUGACCCGGCUGCCUGUCCCACGCCAACGCAGUCGACUGGGGGUGGGGGCCCAGGGGCAAGCAGACUCUGCAAGGGGGACAGGCCCCGGGGACAGGACAGCUGCUGACCCAGCCCAGGCGAAGGGGGGAGGGGCAGGGCUGGGCAGCUGCCCCCGCCCCCAGCGGCCCGUCCCCUCCGAGUGGAGCUUCCUGGAUGUGGGCCAUUUGGACCCUCAGCGCCUCCCCAAUGAGCUGCCGUCCCCAUAGGUCACUGGCCUGUGAAUGUUCAAUAAAGAAGCAGCUGGUCAUCUGUC